AAGGGAAUAACAAUUGAAAUGUAAAUAAGAAAUACCCUAUUUAAUAAAGAUGGAGGGGAAAAAAAAAAGAAGGAAUCUACUGGCACCAUAACAAAAAAAAAAAAAAAAGAAAGAAAAAGAAAGAAAGUAGGCUCUAUUCUAACCAGCCCUGAUAAGAAACACACACACACACACACAGAGACACACACACACACACACACACACACACACACACACACACACACACACACACACAAAUUUGCAAUGUGCUUUGUCAAUUAUAAUGUUUUAAGUUAUCUUCAUUAUGUGUUUGUUAUAAUGACAGAACAUAUUUAAGAGUCACAAAAGGGUCAUAAUUUUGCCAUUAAGCACAAAUUGCACGGCUUUCAUUUAUACGGUUAUUUUUAUGCUUAGAACUUUGCAGAGACUGUAGUGAAAGAUAGGUGCUACCCUUGCCAUUUUGUUUCAGAUUGCUAAAACACUAAUUCACACAUAACCCUUGGUAUUUGUAAGCAUUUUCAAAUACACUGGUGUCUUUUUAAAGGUAAUCCACUGCCUGUUGAUAAUGUAGGUGAUUAUUUCAGGGAUCCUCUUAGAUACCAAACCCUCCGGGAGUCACGUAAAAUAGCAGUGUUUGCACGUAGCCUAAUAGAUGCCUUCCCAUUUGUUUUAAAUCAUCUUUACAUGACUUUUGAUACUUAAUGCAAUGUGAAUACUUGCUAAACGCUUCUGUCCAGGGAAUAGUAACCUAAAAAACACCUAGACAGGUUUAGUACUGACAGUUUUACCUCUGUCUGUAAUGCAUACUCCUCAGUUUGGAGCCAUGGAUUCUGGCCUCACAGACACAGGCAGGGGAGUGUAGUCACUGCUGCCUCCUGUUUACAGAGCAUUGGACCUUCUUGCAUUUGUCAUGUUAAAAGGUCAGAAAUCUAAAACUUGGGUAUUCCGAGACUUGUGUUUCUGUGGAAUGCUGUAUAGCCUGAAGUUCAUUUAGCUGCUUUAUGUCAGAGGAAGGCCUUACUAACACAGUCCACAGGCAAAUGGCCAAAUGAGGCCCUAUACAGAUCAAGUUCCCAUGACAGUUCCAGUCUCAUAGGGGCUAUGAACCCAGUCUCAUUUGCUAGUAUAAAUCAUCAAGAUUCAAGGUUCAUGAUGUCUUUUUAAUAUGCAUGUAAUUUUUAGUUAGUCUAAAAUAACUAAAUCUUAUAUCAUUCAGCCUUAUAAUAUAUAACUAUAGUCUAAAACCUCAAAAUUGAUUGAUUUUGGAAGAUGUUACCAUAAUGAAUAAUAUAAAGAGCAUCAGAUGUUUCUAGUUUAUUCAUUUCUAUGCUAUGGGAAAGAUAGCUUGAUUACAGCGUGUGAGAUAGUUCCCAGCACCCCCUGCACACCCAUAAUGAUAGCACCUCAUUCUACUGUGCUCCAGAAGGCCCUACACUAACAGAAUGCUUGGUUGCUUGCAGUAAUGCCCUAUGUCAUUUGAGGAAUGUCUGUGCUGUCACGGGUUGGUUAAAUCACAUUAAGGGGAUGCCUUUUGGCAUCCGUCUGAAAGUGGGAUCUUCACAUACUGCCUUCUCAGUGUUUACUAAAGUGACUUCCUCAACAGACAAGAAACACUGGGUUUUGGACUCUUGUAAAUAUAAACUUAUCCUUAGCCUCAUGUAAUAUAUUUUAUAUUCGCCAACUUUAUCCCCCCCCAUAAGACUUAAAAAGGUAUUCUAAAACUUUAAAUCUAUUGUGAAGAUUCCUAUAAGGAAUGGUUAAACUAUAAGGCAUCUCAGUAAGGAGGAAAGACUGAAGAUAUGAGGACUAGAAGAUGUUCUCCAACACUGAGGGAAGGCAGAAAUAGAGACUAGAUGACCCUCUGCAGCACAGUCUCUCUCUCUCUCUCUCUCUCUCUCUCUCUCUCUCUCUCUCUCUCUCUCUCUCUCUCUCUCUGUGUGUGUGUGUGUGUGUGUGUGUGUAUGUGUGUGUGUGUUGGGGCGGGGGGGCAGGCACAAGAUGUUCUCCAACAGGGAAGGUAGACAUGGAGACAAGAUGAUCCCCUGUACAUACAAAGAGUCGCAGACAUGGUGGCAGAUCCUCUGUAUACCCUAAAAGAUGCAGAUGUGAUGACCAGAUGACCUUCUUGUGCUUCUCAGAUUCCAUUGUGCAGACUCCAUAACCCAGAGCAAUUUGGAGACUAGGAAAAGUAGAGAACUGCAAGCUGUAGGUGCUGAUAUGUGAGACUUUUGGGAUGUUGAUAGGUGCACAGAAAGCUAAUGUUGCUUUCAGACAGGUUUAAUCUCAGGCUUGACUCAUACAAACAUGAAGCCUAGCUUAACCUUGAAUCCCAUGUGGUACUUUCUGCAAUAUUGGGGACAUUGGCUAUCCUGAAAUUGCUGCUGCCCUUGUCCCAAAAUAUCCACCACAGGGUGUGGGGUGUUUUGGUCCCACUGUUUUCCCUCGUUCAUGAUCAGUGACUUUCCUGGUCUCAUUUAUCUGGCUUUUCAUGACUCCUUAAGUUGCUCUACGUUUCCACGUACCCACAGUACCUGUCUCAGCUCCCACUUCAGCAUUCACUGAGCUGUAGCGAAUGUAAGAAAUUCUUUUCCACUCAUUUCAGGAACCCCAUUACCUUUUCUGUAAGUGGGUUCUGUGUUGGGGGCGUCCACCCUGCAUGGGCACACAACAGCAGAUGUCAACUCAUUUAACCUUUUCAGACCCCAGCAGGGACUCAUGGGGGUCAGUUCUGCUGCUGCGAUUCUAGCUAACAGUGACUAGCAGCUUCAGUGGAUCACUCUUCUUAUGUAUGUGUACAAAUAUCUCUAGGCAGCCCACUUCACUUUUUUAUACUAGACCUUAACCUCUGUAUCACAUCUCUCUGUCACAUUACCCCAAACAUAAAGUCUGAAGCUUGGCCCACAAGUCCCUGCUCCAUAAAUACUUUUUUUGUCAGUGAACCAAAUAAAUUAGUAGAAGUUUAGGUCAGAUACCAAGUUCUUAGCAGUACAGGUACCAAGAAAGGCAUUAAAAUCCAAUUUGACAAAUUUAAUGUAAUAUUUACAAGAAUAAUUUUCUGCUGAACAAAUUUGGCUAUGGCAAGAGUCUAUGGAAAUAGAACUAUUGGAGGCCCCAGGGCUUAAUUCACUUAUUAGUCUUAAAGAAAGACACACUAGCUGUUCCUAACAACAGCCCUGAAAAUGGGUUUCCUUUUCUACAGUGUUAAUCCUGCCCAGAGGCUGUGCUGUCUCUGGCUGGGCAGAAUGAAGAGGGUUCCAUAGGAGGGCAUUUGUAGGCUGGUUGGCUCACACUCUCCCCUACCCAAGCUCCACUUCCACAGUUGUAGAAGGGCUGUCCCGAAAGAAGGUUAGGAAUCCUGGACAGUGGCAAGAUGCCCAGGACACUUAACAGGCCAGCAGGCAUUUCCAGUGCCACCAGAGACACAGGAAAGCUGUAGUAUUGCCAACGCCGGCAGCCUGCCCUGGUUUCUCACCCUCAGACUAAAUAACAUCCUGCAGUCUUCAUGCCAUUAACCUGCCCUUUAUGCAGCCAACUCAUUAGAGUGAGCAGAGCCUGCAGCAAGUGCUUACUGUGGUUAUUCAGGGUAUUCAUUCAGAAGCCCAGGGAUGGGACCCAAGGAAGCUGUAGACACCACGUCCCCUUUCUGUGGCCAUGCUUCUCCUCCUGUGCUGCCAGUGAAAGCCAGGAAGACAAUUCCCUCAAGUAUGGAUACAUGAGGCCCCAUGAAGACCUGAAGCUUCUAUCCAAAGAAAUAAUUUAUGAUUUGAAACAAGUGGAGAUUUGUUCCGCUUUAGGGUAUCUUUAAAAAUGUGGAUUAAUGAGAAUUAUUUAUUUAGGAAACCCACCAAAGUACAUGGUUCUCCAUCAUCCCUACUAUUUUGGUGGGAGUAAGGAGUAGUGAUGUUUAAUCUCUGGGAGCUCUGGUUGGUUGGCUGAUAUUGUUCUUAUGGGGUUGCAAGCCCCUUUAGCUCCUUCAAUCCUUUCUCUAACUCCUCCAAUGGGGACCCCAUUUUCAGUUCAAUAGUUGGCUAUGAGCAUUCGCCUCUGUAUUUGUCAUGCCCUGGCAGAGCCUCUCAGGAGACAGCUAUAUCAGGCUCCUGACAGCAUGCACGUAUUGGCAUCAGCAAUAUUAUCUAGUUUUGGCGGCUGUGUGUGUGUAUAUAUGUGUAUACACACAUGUGUAGUUCCAUCCAUUUGCCUAUGAAUUUCAUGAAAUCAUUGUUUUUGAUAGCUGAGUAAUACUCCAUUGAGUAGAUGUACCACAUUUUCUGUUUCCAUUCCUCUGUUGAAGGGCAUCUGGGUUCUUUCUGGCUUCUGGCUGUUAUAAAUAAGUCUGCUAUGAACAUAGUGGAACAUGUGUCCUUGUUAUAGGUUGGAGCAUCAUUUGGGUAUACACCCAGGAGUGGUACAGCUGGAUCCUCGGGUAGUGCAAUGUCCAGUUUUCUGAGGAACCUCCAGACUAAUUUCCAGAGUGGUGGUUGUUGGAAGGUUUACUGGGAAUGUAUGGCUAUUGCCAUGGCAACAGUGACCAAAUGGUGUCACUGUUGGAGGUAAAGGCAAUUCCUGAUACCAACAGUUGUACCAGCUUGCAAUCCCACCAACAGUGGAAGAGUGUUCCUCUUUCUCCACAUCUUCACCAGCACCUGCUGUUGCCUGAGUUUUUGAUCUUAGCCAUUCUGACUGGUGUGAGGUAGAAUCUCAGUGUUGUUUUGAUUUGCAUUUCCCUGAUGACUACAGAUGUCCAGCAUUUCUUCAGGAACUUCUCAGCCAUUCGAUAUUCCUCAGCUAAGAAUUAUUUGUUUAGCUCUGAACCCCAUUUUUAAUAGGGUUAUUUGACUCUCUGGAGUUUAACUUCUUGGGUUCUUUGUAUAUUUUGGAUAUUAGCCCUCUAUCGGAUGUAGAAUUGGUAAAGAUCUUUUCCUAAUUUAUUGGUUACCCUUUAAUCCUAAUGACAGCAUCUUUUGCCUUACAGAUGCUUUACAGUUUUAUGAGGUCCCAUAAUGGCAUAAGCCAUUGGUGCUUUGUUCAGGCAAUUUUUCCCUGUGCCAUUGUGUUCGAGAUUCUUCCCCACUGUUUCUUCUAUUAGUUUAAGUGUUAUCUGGUGGAGGUCCUUGAUCCACUUGGACUUAAGCUUUGUACAGGGUGAUAAGAAUGGGUCAAUUUGCAUUCUUCUACAUGCUGACCUCCAGUUGAACCAGCACCAUUUGUUGAAAAUGAUCUUUUUUCCACUAGAUGGUUUUAGCUCCUUUGUCAAAGAUCAAGUGACCAUGGGUGUUUGGGCUCAUUUCUGGGUCUUCAAUUCUAUUCCACUGAUCUACCUGCCUGUCUCUGUACCAAUACCAUGCAGUUUUUAUCACUAUUACUCUGUAAUAUUCCUUGAGGUCAGGAAUGGUGAUUCUCCCAGAAGUUCUUUUAUUUUUGAAGAUAGUUCUCACUGUCCUGGAUUUUUUUGUUAUUCCAGAUGAAUUUGUAAAUUGCUCUUUCUAACUCUAUGAAGAAUUGAGUUGGAAUUUUUAUGGGGAUUUCAUUGAAUCUUUAGAUCGCUUUAGGCAAGAUGGUAAUUUUUAUAUAUUAAUCCUGCCAAUCCAUGAGCAUGGGAGGUCUUUCCAUCUUCUGAGAUCUUCUUCAAUUUCUUUUAUCAGAGACUUGAAGUUUUUGUCAUUCAAAUCUUUCACUUGCUGGUUAGAUUUACACCGAGUUAUUUUAUGUUACUUGUGACUAUUAUGAAGGAUGUCCAUCCCUAAUUUCCUUCUCAGCCUCUUUAUCCUUUGAGUAGAGGAAGGCUACUGAUUUGUUUGAGCUAAUUUUAUAUCCAGCCCCAUUGCUGAAGUUGUUUAUCAGGUUUAGUAGUACCCAAAGAGUACACAGGGAGAGACCCAAUGCUCCAGUGCAUAUGUAGCAGAGGAUGGCUUUAUGGGCACCAGUGGGAGGAGAAGCCCUUGUUCCUGCCAAGGCUCAACCCCCCAGUGUAGGGGAAUUUUAGAGGGGAGGAGGUAAGGGGUGGUGGACGUGGAGGGGAACACCCUUAUAGAAGAAUGGGAGGGGGAUGGGAUGAGGGCUUAUGGCCUGGAAACCAGCAAAGGGAAUAACAUUUGAAAUGUACAUUAAACUAUCCAAUAAAAGAAAGUAGUGAUGUGUAUUUGCUAGUUUAGCAUGUUGUAAAACAAAGACUAUUAAGUUCUGUAAGUAGGAAAAUAGGAAAAACCUUUAUAGAGAGAUUUAUAACAUUCUAACCCAUUUUUAAUGGUAGAGAAAAAGAUACUCGUUAAGAUUCAUAAAAUUUUUUAUCUUAAGAGCAUCAAUGGCUAAUAUAAGCCACACAGAAGAUGUAGGUAUUCACCAUGGUUAAAAAUAUAAAAUAAGUAUUUCACAGAUUGAUGCAUAAUGAACAUUAAAUUGAGAUUUAAGCAUAAGCACCUGUAUUCCAGUGAUCUCUUAUCUGGUAGCAUUCUUUUUCUUACAAUUUCCUUGUUAUUAUACUUUGACAAGUUACAGUCUUCUAAAUGUCUGAAGGAAGUGCAGAGUGGCAUUGUGUACAAACAGUGCAUCAUCGAAUCAAGUCAGUUAAUAUACCCGUUGCCUUAAAUAUCUAACUUUCUGCGUAUGUGGCUAGAACAUUUGAAACUUAUUAAUAAUUUUGAAAUAUAGAACACUUUGUUAUCUAUAUUUGCACAGUGGAAUACAAUACUAAAAACAAAUUCCUCCUUCAGAUUUGAUAACCUGGUAAAGGAUUGCUUCUUGUUCUGGGAAAUGUUAUUUCAGCUUCAUUGUCGGCCAAAUAUGCUUCCCUUUGUUGUUGUUGUUUUAUUCUUCUGUUGGUUUUUUGUUUGUUUCCCUUCAAAUGCAGAUAGAAAAUUAGAUUGAAAGAAAUACAUUUUUUUUCAUUUUUGGGGGGAAAAUUUUCAUAGAAUGAUGCUAUAGUUUGAAGAAUGACCCAGUAAGCCAGGCAAUAGUGAUACACACUUUAAUCCCAGCACUCUGGAGGCAAAGGUAGGUGGAUUUUUGUGGGUGUGAGGCCAGCCUGGUCUACAGAGCAAGUUCCAUGACAGCCAAGGAUACACAGAGAGACCUUACUUCAAAAAAACAAAAAUAGACACAGAUGUACAAACACUAGCUAGUAGCAACUUUUGGGGAGAUUUAGGAGUAUGGCCCUGCUAGAGAAAGCAUGUCACUAGAGCAGGCUUUUGGAGUAUAUAUAGUCUCACCCCAUGCCCGACUUACUGUUUUUCGAGCCUGGUGCUUGCUGCUAAGCCUCUCUACCAUGGCAACCACAAGCCAAAAUAGUAAACUGUUUCUUUCUGAUGUUUGGCCAGAGGUUUUAUCACAACAACAGAAAAGUAAAUAAUUCAGGUGACUGUAUACAAAACAUUUAACUUAUUAAAGCAUCCAUGUUAGGUUGUGCCCAGUAUUUUUAAGGCGAGCUACAGAAAAGGAGAUGAGACUGACUGUGAGGGGCGUUCAGGGAGAACAGAGUUCCAGGCACAGUAGCCGCGCAUGGAGCUACCUCAUGCUCUGUUUAGAAUUUUUGUUCUCAGUGCGGUAUUAUUUAUAGUUCCAUACAUUGAUUGAUCGGACACAGUAUACCUGAUUAUAAUAAUUCUUAAAUUCUUGUUAGGAAAAUACUGCUUUUGAGUAACGUGAACGCGUUAAUCUUUAUAAACUUAAUUUUAUGUUUUGUAUUUAUUUGCCCUGCUGAGUAUCCCUUCUUGCAAACAGAAACCAGUCUUCUAAGUGCAUUUACCAAUGCUGGGCCAGCCCGAGUUCGCAUGUGCUAAUUCUAAAGUCAGAGCCAGCUUCCUGCCUAGGGCAGCAUGGAGCGGUACUCUUCAUUCAUUCCUAAAAUUCCAGGCUUCAUUCAAAUUAUUACUUGUUUAUCUUUAAUGUGAGUUUUAUACUUUUAGUUACCUGGCUCUUUAACUCAGUGGAGCAAAAGCAGUAACUUUGCAGUGGAUAGAUAAGCAGACGUGAUUGGACAGAUGUUGAGAACUUUUGGACGUGAGAGAAAUGACCAUCACUAGCGACCAGAUUUUAAUCAUGUAGAACAUUAGGAAUCUAAACAAUGGGCAUGAAAAUGCUUAUGCAGCAGGUACAAAUGAUCAGUGAGCAGAGACAAGCAACCAAGUCCACUGAGAAUCAAUUCCAGGACUCCUCAAAUGCAAAAUCUACAGGUGUGGAAGUCCUUUGUCUGACGUUCUCUACUGUUUGCCUAUAACCUCUGCUCGUCCUCCUGAGGAGUGCAAAUUGAAACAGAGUUUGCACCUAGAAUUGGAAUGCCAAAUACAAUUUAAAUUGUAAGGUGUUAAACGCCGUUAUUUUAUUUAUGGAAAAAUGGUAAGAAAGGGUCUAUACAUACUCACCGGUAUGAAGCUUUUCUUUCCAGACAUUUUAUAUAUGGUUAAUUGGAUCUAUAUUUACAUGUACAUAGUUGAGUUUCAGUUACUCUACCAAAUACUGAUUUAAAAAAUUGUUUCAUCCUUUAAAUAAAAGUGAUCAGUUAGCUAAGGCUUGUUUUGAUCUCCCUCAGUGACUGGCAAGUUUCUCUUCAACAAGUAAGGGUGGAAGGAGGUGUGCCAUAUUCUCUCAUCCAUUCAUUUAGCACUUGCUUUGUGGGUGACAUUGUGCUAGACACGUGCCACUCCUUACUUGACUGAUACAAGGUAACUAAGUUUGCCCUUGAGUAUUUACAGUUUGGCUUGGUUUCACUUCAAGCACAAGUCGUUGAUGACAAAAUUUAAUCUUGUUUGCAUAGUUCUUAGCACAGUAUAGAUUACAAUGUAAAACUUUAAAAUUAGUAUCUUCAUAUCAACAGCUUCAUAAUUUCUGUGAUAAACUUAUACUUCAUUUUUGUUUGAAAAAAAUAUCACCUUGUAAAAAGAGAGACCUCCAAAGUCCAAGUUAUCUGAGGAUGACCCUUGAAGAUAUGUUAAGAGCACCAGCAGUAACCUGAAAUCAUCUCCUGGGAGGUGGUAGCUUUCUGAUGGAGCAGGAUAUUACUGAAGGUCAUCUGGAUGGCCCCAGACUCUCCUACUAAGUUGUGUCCUGUUGGCAUGCAACCUGGCUUCAUCCUGGCCUAGUCCCUGUGAACAGUUAUCCCUGUAAACCUGGGAGCAGUUUCUAUCAGUGUGCUCCUGGAUGCAGCCUCAGGUGAAGCAGUCAUCUUUGUGAUCUCAAGGUGUGCUCAAAUGUUUCUUUUAAAUUCAAUGUCAGUCUGUCUAGGCUGCUAUGAUUAAGACCAUAAUGUACACGGCUCCAACAGCAGAAAUUUAUUCCUCAGAAGUCUGUGGAACUAAACUCACGAUGGCAGUAGAUUGUCUCCUUUGAGGGCCCACUUCCUGGUUCCUAGAUGGGCAGUUUGCUAGGUCCUCACAGUAAACAAAAGAACUCAGUUCUCCUCAUCUCCUUCCAAGGAGAUCCACAGGUCUCUUCCAUCUCUGGCUGCUAGCCUUCUGCAGUCCACGCCAACUAAUGUGGUCGCACUGAUGAGUAGGUUUCAACCUGGAAGUGUUAGGGGGUCACAUUCAGACCACAGCAAUAAAGAAGCGAAUCUGUUCCUUGGGAAGAUUGGUUAAUAAAGAACGCACCCCAGCUAUUCAUCUCGAAUGUCAUUUCGCAGGAUUUCGUAGCUGUAAUAGCUUUAGGCUCUCAUCUUAGCUGAAAUGUUAGAAAGCAGACAGGGAGCACAAGUCACUUUCCGUUUCACCUCCUAUUUAAGAAGCCUGUGCCCUUCUACAGUCCAUGUCACUUUAUUGGAGAUUCUGUGCUUGAGAGUAUCUCUAGGUGCCCAGCCAUUAGUGUCAUCUCAUACUUAAUAGUAAGUCUGCGCUGGUCUGACCUCUGGGUCUUUAAUGAGCAUAGCCUGUCACUUCAGAAGAGAAAAGCAUACUAAUAACUCAAAGGCUAGUAUUUGUACCAAGAGCCUGUGCCUUUCUAGCAUAUGACUAUGGUGUGGAGCAGACAUAGACAUCCUGAUUGUCUGUCUGUAGGGAGGGAUUUUAUUAAUCCAAGAGACUUGUCCCUAGAAUCUAUACUAGCUGUUACUUAAGCAUCAAAUGGAUUUAUACUGAACAACUAUUUAUAAUGAUAAAGAUGCAAAAACCAAUUUAUAUAUUUUCAUGACAAUCAAGAUUUCCUUUAUAUACUGUUGUUUAUAUAAAAUGCAGCUAACAUUCUAAACAGUGUUCACCACUGUCAUGGCCUCCAGCACCACAGGCAGCCUCACACCGGCUUCAGAAACUCUGGCCUUUUCAAGGUCAUCCCAAUGAUUCAGGACUUUUCCCACUGUCCCAAAACCAAAACAGGCAUUUUUCUUCUUACUUACCAAAACAGGUUGCGUAGUUUAGAUAUAGAACAGCCUCCUCCCCAUCCCACCAAUGCGACUCAACAGAUGUCCUAAGCCACAGAUAUCCAAACCUACAGUCUAGGUUUCACCUAUAAAUAAAUGGCUGUGAUAAAUCUAGUUUGUAAGUCAGGCACGGUAAGAGUUCAACAACGGUGCCAAGUGGGGUAAUUAGGACAAUAUAGCAUGCCAAAUUAUCUAAAGAUAGUGAGUUGUUUAUUCCUGUAAUAUUUUCUACUUACUAUUUCUAUCCUUCAUUCUAAUGGGGGUGCUCCUGUAUUUGCUGACAAGGGUUGGAAGAGAAAAACAAAGCAGUGGUUUCGUGUACUAUGUCUGGUAUGUUGAACUAGCCGUAUAACUGAAGGACAGUCUAGACGUUUCGUGUGUGUUCCUUCAGUUCACAGUCAUAGGAGAUGAGUACCGUUUCCGUCUUGUUAGACGUGAGCAGUUGAGUCACUGCUGAAGUAAUAGAAUGUGACCUGGAAGGUGAAAUAAGCCAUUCCCUCCACAGGUUGCCUUUGGCAAUGCUGUCUCAUAGCAUAUAGAAAUCCUGACUAGGACAGCUUUGUUUUAAUUUGUAAAAGAAUCCAUAUAUAUUGUUGAGUAAUCUACGUGGUUCAAAAAUAUAUGACUUAACUUGAUUAAUACUGUGUUCUAAAUAUUUCAUAGCCCAUUGGGGUACCCAACCCUGUCUCGUUCCUCACAGAUGACUUUCCUGGCCCAUUUUCCCUUUUCUUUAGAAAUUCUAAAGAAAAGAAUUUCCUUGGGGUUGGGGAUUUAGCUCAGUGGCCCUGUGUUCGGUCCCAAGCUCCGAAAAAAAGAAAAGAAAAAAAAAAAAAAAGAAUUUCCUUUGUGUGCACUUUUGCCUAGUAAACAUGACUACUCAUACACUGCUUUUGUAAACAGUAAAUUCUGUGCACGAGGACACAGCUGUGGCCACAGAGACUAGAACUACAGGCAGAGUCCUGGGAUCCUCUUGCAGGCUGCUCACCUCUCACCCUCAUUUUCCAUGCUCAUAAAUAUCACUAGUGUUGCAACGUACCUUGAGAGAUGCUUUUUACCAGUAUGCCUUUCAACAGAGAAAACUUGAUUCCCAACAAAAGUAGGAUAAAGUGAGGGAAAACAAAACAAAACAACAGUCAGAAAGGCCCAGGUUAGAAUCCUAGCUCAGCCACUUGGCAGUGUUUUGAAUUUGGUCAGUUCAUUUUUAUUUAACAGAAACAUAAACUCUGCACUAUAUACUGUGUUAUACUCCGGAAAUUCAGAGAAAAGAGACCAACCAAGCUAUACAAAGAAAGGGACAGGGACACUAAGCAUGAGUGGCAUAUCUCCAUAUGGCCACUUCUCCCCAUCUGUGUUGUUGUACCUUUCAUUGUUUGUCAACUCAUCACAAACAAGGGGCCACCUGGGAAGAGAGGAUUUCAACUGAGGGAGUGGUUCCAUCAGAAUGAUUGAUGUGAACAGAACCAGCCCUGGGCGUGCGGUCCUGUCUGAGGUAAAGAACGGGCUGAGCAAGCCCUAGGCAGCGAGCCAGUAAGCAGCAUUCCUCUGCUUCAUCUUUCUUCCUCUCAGACACUGAAAUUUAGUUGUCAUGAUAGUAAACCAGAGAUUUCCAAUGCAACUAAAUCGCUUUAUUUAUUUUUAUCCAGAGUAUCUCUUCAGGUUUAUCAUUCUCAAGACCAGAGGCAGAAAGACAGAACAAACUAUAAAGUAUUAGGAACCACUCUUACCCUGAAACACUCUCAAACAUCUCCAUACUGGGAGACCCAUGGCACUAAGGAUCUGCUGCCAGGAGGCAGGCCUGUGUGCCCAUCAGUCCUAAGGAAACACAGCUGAGAAAAUCAGAAAGUAAUCUCUCAAACCCUCCCGGGAUGGCUAAAAGUUAAGAGCCUCCUUGCCCGUUUUAUUUUAUAGCACUUUAGUGCAGUUGUGUUCAGAAUUCGUUAAGCGGUUUGUUGGAGGGGGUGAGGAAUCAGUAACAGGUAAGCCAAUUAGAAAUUUUAAGUGAAAUGGUUUGCCUUAAGUCUGAUAAAGCAGAAGGCACCCUGCGUAAGAGAGCUGGUAACGUUUGGUAUGAUACUUUCUGGAGAGUGGAAAACAGAGCAAAGAGGGCUUAAUUCAAAUGCAGCCCCCAGCAAGAUGAUGUGAAAGUCAAUCUGUAAGGACAGAUCAGAGAAUAGUGGAAAGGGGAAAGUGGAGAAGUGCCCAGAUCUGUUGCGUGUGUAAGCUCAGAGCCAGGGAAUAAAAGGGUGGCCCCUGAGAGGAGGUAAGAUGUCACCUCUCAAUGCUCAGUUUCUUCUUUCUGACCAGGAGCGUCAGUCAUGGAGACAGCCUCCCAUGUCUGAAGUACAGCAAAGGCAGAGCAAGUCUUGGAUGAAUUAUUGAGCAUCCCACCAUCUUAGGAUCUCAGUUUCUCUAUGUAUAAAAUGCAGUGUUCCUGCCUCAUACACUUCAUAGUAGGACUUGCUAUGUCAAUGUCCUUGUGAUAGUUCUGAUUCACAAGAAGCACCCUGUACCAAGGGUUGUUCUUGUAAUGGUUGCAUAACAAGUAACUCACGGAUAUGCAUAUUAUUAACUAUAACAUGUAUUUAUAACUAGAAGGCAGUUUUUGCAGGUUUUUUCUUAAUUAGUCUGCAUUAAGCUUAAUAGACUUAGGUUCUCUGAUAACCUCAUUUUGAAACCUGAAAGAUUAAAUGUACUUUAUAUAUUUAAAGCUUAGAAAAUGUAAAAUCUCCUUAAACAUUGAUACCAAGAGGUAUUUGCCCUCAUGAAUAAUUGUGUAAUGCUAUACAUAAGCUUUGCUUGUGGAUAGAUUCUGGGGUGCACAUGCCAUUAGCUUUUAGUUUCGAAAGUAUUUCCCAUUCGCCAUUACUGUUUUACUGAUAAUAACCCGAAGUGCAUAGUCCCAAAGGAUUUAGUUCGUUGUGUUGCUCUCCCCCUUUCUACUGUAAGCAUGGCUGUGUGAGGUAGCUUUGUACGUGUGGUCCACACGUGCAUUCUGUCCUGAAAGUACCCAACGCCAUAGUGAUCAGGAUACUCAGCUUCCGCAGGCCUCAAAAGCCAGAAAGCCAUGGCCUGUCUUGCUUGUCUUAAACCUGGUUCACACUGUGGUAGCAAAAUUCUUUGCUACUUCAGUUUAGAGAUUAUCUUCCCACUGUAUAUGACCGUCAUCAAUGUUAUCAAUUUUCUCAUUAUUUGGUGUCUUUCAUUACCCCCAGUAGCCUGCAUUCAACAAAAACCAUAGAAGGUCCAUCGAACCAGAGUCCCUGGAUUCCAGAUAUUUCUGCUCAGUAACUUUGACUCACUGGCCCCAGCUCUGCUCCCUUGCUGUCAGUCUCCCCUACUGAACCAUGACUUAUUUGGAAUGGAAUCCAGUUCUGUUCUGAGUCUCUUUUGCCUCAUUGCAGUAGGUCCUGAAUAAAACCUGUUUUUUCGGGGUGGGAGGGGCAGACAGAAAAGCUCUAGUUUCCAGAUACCCUGACCCCCAAGAAGGAAGCCAGCCAAAUUCCAGAGCACACAAGACCUUUCCGUCAGAAACCUGUUCAUCUAUUUGCUCUGCGAAAGAAGAGAUCAGUUACUGGUCUGGUACUUAUUGGAUUCGUGCUCUGCCUGCAGUUGAGCACAAAGACCUGAAGGAGACUCCCACAGCCUUCAGGGAGAAGAAAGGAGGCAGCCAAGGCUAUUAAAAGGAACUUGUGGCUUGUGGCCUUUUUGUGUAGGAGCAGUCUGGAAGGGGAGAAAAGUGCACCGAAGCCACAGUGGCGGUUAAUGAGCUGUGAGAUGAGGCGCAGCCGCGACUGACACUGCUUCCAGGAUCCUUCAUCUGCCCUUUGUGCUUCGUGUACAUGUGUCUGUUCAGGCCGGCCAGAGGCGCCCAGAAGAGCAUCCACCACGGCUGCCGGGGAAAGACCGCCCACCAUGCCCACGGAGACGCUACAGACAGGUAGCAUGGUGAAGCCUGUCAGCCCCGCGGGCACCUUCACGUCGGCGGUGCCCCUGCGCAUCCUGAACAAAGGACCCGACUACUUCCGCAGGCAGGCUGAGCCCAACCCCAAGAGACUCAGUGCGGUAGAGAGACUAGAGGCUGACAAGGCCAAAUAUGUCAAGAGCCAGGAAGUGAUCAAUGCUAAACAGGAGCCAGUGAAGCCGGCCGUGUUGGCCAAGCCCCCUGUGUGCCCAGGAGCCAAACGAGUACUGGGCAGCCCCACUCUCAAGGUGUUCGGCAACCAUGCCAAGACCGAGAGCGGCGUGCAACGCGAGACCCUCAAGCUUGAGAUCCUCAAGAACAUCAUCAACAGCUCAGAGGGCUCCAGCUCUGGCUCUGGCCACAAGCAUAGCUCCCGAAACUGGCCGCCUCACAGGGACACCACUGAGCUGCACCGGCAUUCCUUCGCAGAGUCGCUGAAGGUGUACCCUACACCUGGCCGUGGCAGCCCGCAGGAGAGCAGCUCCCACGUGAGCAGGAGGCUGCUGGAGCAGUCUGCGGAGUCCUUCCUGCAUGUCUCACACAGCUCCUCAGACAUCCGCAAAGUGACCAGUGUGAAGCCCCUUAAAGCCAUCCCCUGCAGCAGUUCUGCCCCUCCCCUGCCUCCCAAGCCCAAGGUGGCUGCUAUGAAGUCCCCUGAUGCUGACCAGGUGGAACCAGCCUGUGGGGUCAGCCGGAGACCUUCCCUUCAGCGGUCCAAGUCAGACUUGAGUGACAGGUAUUUCCGAGUAGAUGCAGACGUGGAGAGGUUCUUCAACUACUGUGGACUUGACCCAGAAGAGCUGGAAAACCUUGGCAUGGAGAACUUUGCCAGGGCUAAUUCUGACAUCAUAUCUCUCAACUUCCGCAGUGCAAGCAUGAUCAGCUCAGACUGUGAACAGUCUCAGGACAGUAACAGUGACCUUAGAAAUGACGACAGUGCCAAUGACCGGGUGCCAUACGGCAUUUCUGCCAUCGAGAGAAAUGCUAGAAUCAUCAAGUGGCUGUAUAGCAUCAAACAAGCUAGAGAGUCACAGAAGGUGUCCCACGUGUAAGAGGCGCAGUGGUGAAAAGGAGGGGGGGUGGGUCUGUCUGUGCAUACACCGUUGUGAAGGUUGUGAGGUCUCCUUGAAGUGUCGUGAGCUUCUCCACUUUGUGUUGCUUGUUGUGCAAUGUUCUCAAGUUGCAUGCCUGUCAACAUGGCAACUGGCCUGGCUUCCUUCUCACACCUCGCAGGGCCUUGCUGAACACUCAUCUGCCAAAAGUUCCCGGCCAGAAUCUGAUUAGGGCUUUGCUCUUAAGCAAAACUGUUUACAGAAAGAAAAGAAAAGAAAAAAAAAAAAAAACGGUUUCGAUUUCUUCAAUAUUUAUGUGUUUUUUGUGUUUUUAUACCCUGCGCUAUUGUGUCUUAAUUAAAAGUUUUAUCAACUGGCUUUUAAGUUGAGAGCAGAAUCUUUUUGAAACAAAAAAGCCACUUUGCCUACAUGGGAGACCAUAACACUGGGGAAAUAUAUGGGACUUGCCACCAAAUACAGAAUGACAGCCAGGCUGGAGUUCAUUUAUGUGAAAUCAAGUGGUGGGCCUUGACCUUGUGCUUCACAUGUUGGCAUUUUCUUGCCACUUUGUGAAGCACUGUGGGGCAACAGUACAGUCCUCGGUCCAAUUAAGUGUAUAUGUUGGUAUUUUUGUAGAACUGACCCCAGGAAAGACAAUCAGACAAAACCCAGGAUAGGAGGUUCUAUAUUGAUUGGGAGGGGAGGGAAGGGAGACAGUUGAUGCUGUUCAAAGUGGGAUAAUUCAUAAAUAUCUAGUAUUAACCUUACAGAAGUGCCAUUCGACAGCUGAUUAAAGCUGAUACAGAAUGCUAUCUUUAAAACAUUAUUUCGUUGGAUUUUAUUUGUUUUGUGCUUUUGGCCAAGAAUUAACUCAUGUUGUUUCUCUCCCUUGCUCCCUUGGUAGUUGUUCUGUUCAGGGCGGAUGGGUUGGUCUUCUGCAGGUUUGCACUCUGAAGGGAGGUGAGAAUACCAUCCGUGUCAGUAUAGUCUCCAUUCCACAGUAUCCACGUGCUGGCCGCUUCACACCUCAGCAGUGUGACUCUGUUACCUCGCUUAUACUCCUCUCUAAAGCCGUGGGUAUUUGUUAGAGCUCUAGAAAACUGUAGAAACAAUAUAGCUUUCCACUCUGUUGUCUCUUGUUGCCUCUUCCCACAAUAGCCUGCCCUCCCUCGGGGUCAUUUCAGGAGCUGUGAGCCAGCUGCCAGCGUUGGCAAUGGACGAGGAGGACACGGGUGGGCUGCUCCACUGCCUCACAACCCACAGGUUCGCAGCAGAAGCACCUCGGUCCUCAUCAGCUACUAGGAGCCUUGAAACGGUGUGAAUGCUGUAAGAUUCUGUACAUACUUGAGUUGUUCUGGAAUCUAAGAAGAAAGUUAUGCUAAUAAAUAGCUCUGGUGUAGGCUUUA